AUGAAAUGUGCCGUUGGGGUGUCAUCUAGAAAGUUCUUGGGAUUCAGUGUCCACAAAGGAGGCAUUUCAGCUGACGAGGAUAAGAUUAAAGCUAUCCAAGACAUGGAACCUCCGAAAGACAUCAAGGGACUUCAGAAGUUAAUAGGCAAGCUGGGGUACAUUCGAAGGUUCGUACCAGCAUUAGGGGAGCUCUUAGGACCCUUAAGACCUUUGUUGAAAGAGAAGAACACUUUUAAGUGGGAACAACACCACCAAGCUAUAAUGGACAAGAUCAAGGACGUUCUCACAUCCACUCACACCAUGACUUCCCCUCAACCUGGUGCACCAUUGAAGGUAUACUUAGCCAUAGGAGAAGAAACAGUUAGUGGGUUAAUUGCACAAGAAAGUGAAGGCAAAGAGAAACCCAUUGCUUAUGUUAGCAGAGCCAUGAAAGGGCCAGAACAAAGAUACUCCUCACCAGAGAAACAUUCGAUUGAAGAGUUGCCGGAUCAGAUUCCGGAAACAAUAGAGGUUGUUUAUGCUUGCAAUAAAGAGGAAACAUGGACCCUCAUGUUUGAUGGAACACCCUCGAACCCUCAAGGAGGGGCAGGAGUCGUCCUUACAGACUCCCAUGGAAGAAAUCUGUCCUUCAUGUUUCAAUUGGAUUUCUCUUGCACCAACAAUGAGGCAGAAUAUGAAGCGCUAAUGCUCGGUCUAAAGAUGGAUCAAGAAGUUAGUAUCAAGAAACUCCAUGUCAAAGGAGACUCCAACCUAAUAAUACAACAGAUCCUAGGAAGGUACGACACGAAGGAAAGAAGUCUGGCCUUAUGUAGAGAACAAGUGUGGCGCAUGGUGAAGGUAUUUGAUAAGAUCUCAUUUGAGCAUGUAUCCCGAAUAGAAAACAAGCAUGCGGAUGCUUUAGCAACAUUAGGGAGUAGAGUCACUAUUCAAAAUGGACAACAUGCUUUGGAACAUCGGGUAGCUGAAAGUUCUGCCAGAGAAGAAAGGAUGUCCGUGGGAGAAAAAACCAAUGAUUGGCGAACGCCUAUACAUGAACAGCUCAGAACGCUCAAUAUCACCAAAGAAAUAAGAGGAUUUUGCCUCCUCAAUGGGCAAAUGUUCAGAAAAAACAAUGAUGGACUCCUCAUGAAAUGUGUAGGAGAAGAGGAAGGGAAAGAAAAAGCAGAACAACUGAAUGGAGCCACUUGCGGAGAAGAGGGCCCCAGUUUGUACUGA